CCAUCGAACUGGAAAUUGGAAAAGCGCGCACUCCCCGUACACUUUAGGGAUUCAAACUUGCAAAAUCCGUCCUAUUAUAUCUGCCACUCACCAUAGCUUCGUCUUCCAUAAAAACCGCCCCUUUCACUUCAAAAUGGCAGUUUGAUUGUCCAUUGUAGUUCUCAGUUUUUUUGAAUUCCCUUAAAAGUCGGUCGAGCCCAAUCGAUGACCGGUGCUAUCUGCAUUUCCCUUAUGCAACUUCGUAGUUGCAGAAUCCAGCCGUUACCAUGCUUUCGAUCGGCAUGUGUAAGCUGUUUGUCACACAAUUUUCACAAGCUAAGAUGUUCUCAUGGGGUUUGUGUGCGUGGAUCGAAUAAUUUUGAGCCUUUUCAACAAAGGAAAGUACACAGGCCACCGGUUUUGAGACCUAAAUCAACAGAAAGUGGUCUAAGAACUAGAGACAGUACGAAAAGCGAAGCAAGUAACGUUAGGCAUGAAUUCAUGGAUGGACAAGUGCAGGCAAGCAGUAAUAUUGUUUCUUCGGUUUCAAGUUGCUUUACGAGCACCCAGUUUUGUGAUGCCAAACGCCAGAUUUUAGAGAGCCAAGACCCGAAGCAACUUGUAAGUAUGUUUGUUUUCGAUAUUGAAACAACUGGAUUUUGCAGAGAGACUGGACGGAUUAUCGAAUUUGCAAUCCGAGAUCUUUCGGGGGGCAAGAACAAUUGCUUGCACACCCUGAUUAAUCCUGACCGACAUGUUCCGAAUUCUCACAUUCAUGGUAUUUCAACUGCCAUGGUGAAUCAACCAGGUGUCCCUAGGAUGAACGACUUCAUUCCGAUCCUACUGCGCUUUAUCAGAAGUCGUCAACGGAUUCCCGGGAGCCCUUGUCUUUUCAUUUCUCACAAUGCGCGUUGUUUUGAUGUACCCUUCUUAAUGAAGGAAUUCUCCCUUUGUUCAAUGGAUAUUCCAUAUAGUUAUUGGUUCUUCGACACCGGUCCCCUUGGACGAGAGUGGAUGAAGUUGAACGGAUCGAGACAAUACUCACUACAGGCACUGAGUAAACACUUUGGCAUUGACACAACAAAUGCAACAGCACAUAGAGCCAUGUCGGACGUGAAUAUAUUGACGGCUAUAUUUGAGAGGAUGACAGUUGAGAUGAAGCUUACGGUUGCCGAUAUCCUCGAGAAAUCAUUCAAGGUUUCGGAUGUCAUCAACUUGGUGAAAACAAAAAAGAAGGGAUGAAGCUAUAUAUCAUUUUUUUGUCGGGGUGUUGUAUAUAUUUCAUCAUUUGUGUAUGGAUGAUGAUUACGAGCAUCCAAUUCUACGUAGUUUCCUGUGGUUGCCAAGAAAAGGUACCAGUUUGUUGCAGUACCCAUGUUCGGAUAUAUGGAAGGGGAAAAAACUGAAAGUGCUCUCAUUGAGUUCCGCUUACUAAACGGGUGCUCUAACCAACUGAGCUACAAAAGCAAGCUGU